CGAAAUGUGUAACCCCACAAAUAUAAUCUCCAUAAACUCUUACUCCGUGACAAGUGUCUUGAGGGAGGGCCAAACAGAGCAGCUUCCACUGCCAGCCUUGAUUCCAUCACCCCAUUUCUCAACCCAAAAGGCAAAAAGGUUGCUUUUUUACUUGUGGUUUUGGGGAAUGAAUGGUGAGUUUUCGUUGGAAAACGCGUCCAAUGGUGAAUGAUCCAAUGACAAACGAACAAAAAUGUCGCUUAUAUAUACUUGUGAAAGAUCUACAACAGUUACCUGAUGUCCAUCAAGUGCAAGCUCAUCGCUUGUAGUAAAAGUAGAUACAAACGCGCUCGCUUAACUGGAGACCCAAAUCUUUUGUGAAAUGGCAUGGCCUUCUCUCUCUCUUCCCUCCUCCUCAAUUCCAUUGCAGCACUCUCCUUGACCCUCCUCUCCAUUUUCCUUUUCUCCAAAUCACCGCUCCAGUCCUCAACAUCUCCUCAAAUCCCCCACAGAUCUCUCCUCUCCCAAACCCAGAACCAGACUCUCCCUCUCUCUUGCUCCUCCCUUUCCCCCACGAAUGGCCUCAUCAACUACCUUUCUCUCCACUUUUGCCUUUUCAAGGGGAAUCUUUUCCUCUCGAUUCCUUCCCUUUCUUUGUUCAUUCUCCUUCAUUUUUAUAUACUCAUCAAAACAGCCCAAUCCCAUUUCUCUAUUGUCACCACCAAGCUCACCAAUCACUUAAACCUCUCUCCAAGCAUGGGUGGAGUGACCCUUUUGGCUCUUGGUAAUGGGGCACCCGAUGUUUUUGCAUCUCUGGCGGCAGUUCGGUCUGGGCAGUACAGAACUGGGUUUGGGGCUAUACUGUCUGCUGGUACUUUUGUUUCCGCGUUUGUGGUUGGAUUUGUGGCGAUAUAUGCAGCACCAUUUAAUGUGGAUCCUGGGUCUUUUCUGAGGGAUGUUGGAUUUUAUUUGGUGGGGGCUUUGUUUCUGUUUUACGUGUAUUUGAGUGGGGAGAUAACUUUUUGGCAGGCUGUCGGAUUCGUUGGAUUUUACAUGUUCUUUGUUGGGUUUGUGUUUUGGAUGGAUUUGGGAACUGGGGUUGUUCGUAAAAGGGAUGGAGGAGAAACGGAUUAUGAGAAAGGAGGAGAAAUGCAUUUUGAGAAAGGCGGAGAAGUGGUGGUUAGCACUUUGGAGGAGGAGAAGCAGGUUUCUGGGUUGUUUGAAAGGGCUUAUGGAAAGAUCUCAAAAGUAUGGGAGCGCCCAAUCUCGUUUCUUCUUAAGCUCACAAUUCCACAAACUGCUCCUUCAGAAUGGAGCAGGUUCUACGUAUCUGCCAAUAUAAUUCUUUGUCCUCUAGCACUUCUAUAUACUUGCAACUCAUUCAUGCCGUUAGAUCAUCCCAUAGUGUUCCUCCUUCCAAACACUCAUUUCCCACUCUGGUUCAUAGUACUCCUGGCAAGCUCCUCUCUUGCACUUCUUCACUUCAUAUUGGAAAAGGAAUCUCCAAAGACCGAGCAAAUGCCUGUAGUGCUUGUGGCAUUUAUAAUGAGUGUCUUCUGGAUAUCUACUGUUGCUGGAGAACUGCUAGACUGCUUGGUGGCAAUUGGAAUGCUUCUUAAAGUGCAUCCUUCAAUUCUGGGCCUUACGGUACUUGCUUGGGGAAACUCAGUGGGUGAUCUUGUGGCUGAUGUUGCAGUUGCCAGAGCAGGGCAGCCAGCAAUGGCCAUGGCUGGGUGCUUUGCUGGGCCAAUGUUUAAUAUGCUUGUUGGACUUGGGACAGCAUUGGUGAUGCAAACAGCUGAUAUUUAUCCAAAAGCUUAUGAACUUCAUCUCCACACUGGUAUUGUGAUUGCAUUUGUGUUCUUGCUCUUGAGCCUGAUGGGAUCUCUGCUAGUUAUCACUUGGUCCAGAUUUCGGGUGCCUAAAUCCUGGGGCUUUUGCCUUGUCGGCCUUUAUUUAUUUUUCAUGGUAGUUAGCUUAGUCAUUGCUACGUUUUUAGGAUGAUUUAUUCAAUCCAUAAAAUCAAAAUUUUGUUCAGUUAUUGCUAAAUUCUUUAUGCCACUUCACAGGAAAUCUUCCCAGCUAUAUGUUGGUGGAAACACAGCAUAUAAGAUUGUUAUCAGAAGAUUUUACAAAGAUUAUUGAAUUUUUAUUAUAGUCCAA